AUGUCUGAAUCUUCCGACCGAAUCUCCAAGAGCCCCGAGUUCCCGGGACACGACGCCUCGCAAGAGGUGCUUGCGAAGUGGAAGGAGGACCUCGACGCUCAUGACCGCCGUGAAGAACGUCGAGGAGCUCUCCGGCCCCGGGGAGACAAGAACGAGUUGGGCCUGCCCAAACCUCCUCCCGCCGGCUCGAGCUCGAGUUCCGGCACCAAGAAGACCGGACCCGGGCCGAACAAGGGUUCGAAGCAGCCGGGGAAGAGAACGGUUGCGAAGAAGCAGCUGGCGAGAGGUCCGGGAGGGAAGUUUUUGCCCAAGGCCGUGGGGGAUAAGGGAAAGGGGAAAGAGUUGGGGCAGGAGGUGAAGGGGCCGGACGACAUGGACGUCGAUGUCCCGGCGGAUGACGAGGAGGUGGUGGAGGAGGAGGAGGAGGUCCAGGCCGAGCCCACAACGACGUUGACGAUGAGUGAGCUCCGAGAGCUCAUCCGAGCGGGGGCUGAGAAGGUGUUGGAGGGCGAGAGGAAGCAGAGGGAGGAGAAGGAGAAGUUGGAGUCGGACGAGGCGAUCGCGAAGGCGAGGGAGGAGAUGGCGGAGGCCGCGAAGGCCACGAAGACGACCGUGGACAAGAAAGCGGUUUCCCCCGAGGUGACGGCCUCGACUUCGGGGGACAAGGAGAAGGCCAAGGAUGGCGUGGUGCAGAUUGCUGGAUGUACGGUCUCUAAAGAUGGCAAAACCAUCAUCGACGGCGAAGGCAAAGGCCUUACGACGUACAAGUGGGACAAAGUCCAAGUGUGCCGACACAUGCUGAAGAAGCAUGCCACGUCUCUCGUCGAGUGCCUUGGGGAGAACCGAUGCGUGUCAUGCCGCAAAGGGGGUCGGGACCUCAAGAGCAACAAGGAGACCCAGCACUUCGACGAUCAGUUCUCGAGGUGCAUCUUCGGCGACGAUAAGGGCUGCUUGUGCUGCAAGUGGAAAGGGAGGAACGCCGAUUGCCGCGGCGCCAACAAAGCCGGUGCUCUUGCACCUCUCGCUGUCACAGGGCGUGACCGAACGGCAGCAUGGGAUCGACGCGCAUUUAGGUCAUCGGCCCGGAUCGGGCGACACUCAGCGGAUCCGCACGAAGUCAACAAAAGAAAACCGCGACUUCGUGUGUUCGACCGUCUAUUGUUCGCCUGA